CCCGCCGGCCCCGAGGGCGAGGACACGGGCCCGGCCGCCCCCUGCGCGCGCUCGCCCCGCGGCCGCGGCUACGGCAGCAGCUUCGGGUCCCCGCUGUCCCGGCGGCCCACCUCGGGCGGCCGCGUCCUGUUGGUGGAGGAGAGCCCGGACCUGGAGGACGAGGACUACUAUGAGAACCUGCCCGGUCCCGAGGGCGAGGGCGAGGGCCCGGUCGACCCCGUUGCAGCGACCGCCGCCUCCUCCUCGGCCGCCGGCUCCUCCCCGGGGGCGGGCGGCGGCCGCCUGGAGACGGGCCGGCUGCGCUCCCAGCUCCAGGAGGCCUAUUAUUUACUCAUCCAGGCCAUGCACGACCUGCAGCAGGUGUCCCCGCCCCAGGCGCCGUGGACAGGGUUAGAGGGGCACCGCCACCCGGCUGCUGCUCCUCCGCCUCCCUCUCCAACUCCGUCUGCUCCCCCUCUUCUCUCCUCUCCCCCUCCUCUCUUUCCCCCUCUGCCUCCUCCCUCCCCUCCCCUCCCUCCACCUCCUCCCUCUCCUCUCCCACUGCGUCCCCUUCCUCGGACGCGGUUGCUUUGCAGCCGGAGCCUGGAGAGCUUCCCCAUCUGUGCCCCUUCGCCUCUGCAGAGGUGGUCCAGCGAUAGCGCAGUCCCGUCCAGUGCACCGCUGGCCUCUCCGCCGUCCAGCUGUGCUGGCCGGAACGGAGACGCUCCCGAGCCACGUGGAGGGACGAUGGAUAGCCCAGGACCCGGCUGCGCCUCCCUAGCGGGACCAGCUGGCUGCAUGGGGUUGCUUCCCUCGAAGAGGGGAAACGGGACAGCACUGAUCAGGGACUCUGGCUCCUCAGAGAGCCCUUUCAGCGAUCCAGCGGCGCCCUCUGGGCUACAUCGGAGUAAAGGGGACGUCCCCGAGGGUCCCUUCUUCAAACCCCCAGUGAUAACCGUAAAGAAGCUGCAGAAGUGGAUGUACAAAGGACGCCUGCUAUCUCUGGGAAUGAAGGGACGCGUUAGUGGUUCGCCGGCCCCCAAAGUUCUUGACACUCAGGCUGCCCCACAGUGCCUUGGAGUAUUGAAAAUGCAAGAAAGCAAAACCCAUCCUGUACCUCCAGACCAAAGAAUUAUGCUGUCAGAUUUAAUUGAAAAUGUUUACAUAUCUUCAAUGAAGAAAAGAGAACUUAAAGGUUUAAAGGACAGUGAACUGAAUGAACAGAGGUCACAUAACAGAAUCACAGUUUCUAAGAAACGCAAUUGGCUACAUCAGAGUACUUUAAAGUCUCCUAAUCAGGAAGAAGAAUCUAAGAAGACUCAAGAGAUCACCCAUUUAUUCAAAUCUCCUUCAUUAUCUCAACAUCACCGACCAAAAACUGUUCACAAAGCUACAAACUCUUCAUUGUCAAGAAAUUAUACUUUAGAAUUUAGUGAGGAAAAUGAUGCAGACGAUGAAGGUGAAAUAUGGUACAACCCAAUUCCUGAAGAAGAUGGCCAUAUCUUAUACAGUGUUGCUAGUUCUGGGGAGCCAAAUUCUGUUAAUUUGGGUAUUUCGGCUCUCACUUUGAAAGUAUCAUCUGGAAACGACUUGGCAAAAACAGUGAGACAUGUUGAAAACUUGCCAUUUUCUCCUGAACAUGUGAAUGUUCAGAUAGCACAACCAAAUGAAAUUAAUCAGGUAGAUUCCAUGUGUUCUGCAGAAUUUGUACAGCUGAAGAAGCAGAGGUUUGGUUGUAGGACUCAAGACAGUUCUCUGGUUGAAGAAAAUCCCAUUUUAAAAUCAAUUACAGGUCCUGGAAUUCCAGUUGCUACAAGUAAGUCUGAAUUAAGUAUGUCUGAAUCAUCUCCUCCGAGCCCUAAUCCUGCAAAAAAAGGUGGCUCCAUCAAUUGGUCUUUUCCAGAUAAAAUCAAGUCUCCAAAAACUGUAAGGAAACUUUCCAUGAAAAUGAAAAAGUUGCCAGAACUAAGCCGAAAGCUUAGCGUCAAAGGAACCUUGGGCCAUAUACACAGUUCACAUGGCCCCUCCUCCCCAUCGAAAUGUAACUGUCCAGGUCGGAGCCACACAAUCACUUUACCUUCUGGAAAUACCAUCCCUGCUGCCCAGAGAAAUGUGAUAAGCCGGUACCACCUGGACAGCAGUGUCUCUUCUCAGCAUAGCUUCCCAAAGGAGAAUUCUUCGAGUUCUAAAUCUACCUGCAAAGGCGGUUAUCUCAGUGAUGGAGACUCCCCUGAACUUAUAAUUAAAUCAGGCAAACGUGGAUCUGAAAACAAACAUUUGAGAGGAAAGGAAAUAUUUCCAAAUAGUAGUAACAAAACUGAAAUCGACAUCGAUGCUUUUAGACACUACAGCUUUUCUGAUCAGCCCAAGUGUUCACAGUAUCUCUCUGGACUCAUGAGUGUGCAUUUCUAUGGAGCAGAGGAUUUAAAGCCACCAAGGAUGGAUUCAAAAGAUGUCUUUUGUGCAAUUCAGGUAGACUCAGUCAACAAAGCAAGGACAGCGUUGCUUACGUGCCGGACAACCUUUCUGGACAUGGACCACACAUUCAACAUAGAAAUCGAAAAUGCGCAGCACUUAAAGUUAGUGGUGUUCAGUUGGGAACCAACACCGAGGAGAAAUCGUGUAUGUUGUCACGGGACUGUCAUCCUCCCCACGUUAUUCAGAGUGACCAAGACACACCAACUGGCUGUCAAACUUGAGCCCAGGGGACUUAUUUAUGUGAAAGUGACUCUUAUGGAACAAUGGGAGAAUUCUCUUCCAGGUCUAGAUGCCAAUCGAGAACCAGUAAUAUUUGGGGUAGAUGUUCAAAAAGUGGUGGAAAAGGAAAAUGUAGGAUUGAUGGUGCCCCUGUUGAUGCAGAAAUGUAUUAUGGAAAUCGAAAAGAGAGGCUGUCAGGUAGUAGGCCUAUACCGAUUAUGUGGUUCAGCAGCGGUCAAGAAAGAACUUCGAGAGGCAUUUGAGAAGGAUAGCAAGGCUGUUGGUCUAUGUGAAAACCAAUAUCCAGACAUAAAUGUAAUCACAGGUGUCCUUAAGGAUUACUUAAGAGAACUCCCUUCUCCUUUGAUAACCAAGCAGCUCUAUGAGGCAGUGUUAGAUGCCAUGGCCAAAAAUCCUUUGAAAAUGACUGGAAAUGGGUGUGAGAAUGACCCAAACGACUCUCAGCACACUGUCGAACUUCUGGAUUGUUUGCCUGAUAUUGAAAAGGCAACCUUGAAGAUGCUGUUGGAUCAUCUGAAAUUAGUGGCUUCUUAUCAUGAAGUUAACAAGAUGACUUGUCAGAAUUUAGCAGUGUGUUUUGGACCUGUAUUGCUGAGUCAAAGGCAAGAGACUUUGCCUCAUAACCACAGAGUCUUUACUGAUUCCAAAGAACUUGCCAGUGCUCUGGAUUUCAAAAAACACAUAGAGGUUCUUCAUUACCUUCUCCAGCUGUGGCCAGUGCAACGUUCAAAUGCCAAAGACCCCCCCGGCCACGCGCUCCCAGAGCAGGAGUCUUUGCACUGUCUGCGGCGGAAGAAGCAGCGCCCACACGUGCUGAACUUGAGUGGCCCCGAGGGCUGCGGAGUGCUGCGGCCGCGGCCGGCCCGGCUGGACAGCCCCCUGAGCAAUCGGUACGCAGGAGACUGGAGCCGUUGUGGUGAAAACUACUUUAUUAAGCCAAAAGAAAAUGUGAAUGAAGUAGAUUAUGAUGACGUUCCUUCGGAGGAUACAGAAAGCGGGGACGACGGCAGCAAAGGCGAAGGGCCCGACGGAGCGGCCGAACGGCCGGAGCCCGUCCCCGGAGAGUGCACUCUGCAGAGGUACUUGGCCAUGCAGACCAUGGAUGCUUCCGUGGAUCGAGCCGUGAAUCUCAGAGAUUUACAAGAAAGUAUUGAUAUUUUAAUUGGAAACCUGGAGCGCGAGCUCAACAAAAACAAGCUCAACAUAAGUGUUUGAAUCCUAGGGAUGGUCCUGUGAUAUCCCUGAGCUUCCUUUCUCCUUCCCUCCUCCUCCUCCCGACGAUGCUCUAUUUUUGAUGCCUACUAAUAGUUCCUGCUUACAUUUUGCCGCGCAUUUAGACAUUCCAUUCAUCAGUGUAAGUUUCUCGGCACUCGUUGCAAACUUGAUCUGGGAUCAAAGAUGACUUAAGCUUUCUGUGAAUAAAGUAACACUAUUUCUUAUCACGUGUUGUGGAUGUUGAUGAGAAAAUGCACUUAUAACAUUCCUAGAUGUUCUCUGACAUUGGUGCUUUGUGGAAGCGGCCUCUGUCUUUCCCGAAGCGGCACAACUACAACGGAGACAGACAUUCCUGGUGGAGGAAGGGAGCGGUUCAGCUGCUUAGCCGGUGUUCUGCAGCAAGAACUGAUGUAGAUCGAUUCACCAUUGGGUCACAUUUCAUUUGCAAUGCAAAGGCUGCUAUGAUAAAAAUCUUUUAU